AUGUCGCCACUCGACCGUCUUCCAGAUGAAGUCCUCCAUUACAUGAUGCAAUUUAUUGAUGACUCCAAAUUUAUUCUUUGUUCAUGCAUGUUAGUUUCUAAGCGCUGGUUCGAAGUCGCCAAAACAGUUGGUCUGCAUUUGAGUUUUUCUGCAGUGAUUGGAAAUGAAAGAUUACGGAAAAUAUUAUCAAGUCCUCUCCUUGACAGUCUUGAAUCAUUGAUCAUUAAUACGGAAUGGCUCAAAGUGAGCCCAUGCAUGUACUUUUGUGAUGAGGGGGUGGAAGUGAUUGCUUCAUGUAAGAAUUUGACAAAUUUGAGAAAAUUAAGUUUGGGAGAAUCGCGAGUGUCGGAUCAAGGUGUUCGAUUGCUGUGUUCAUGUUCACAUUUAAGUCGUUUGAAUGCUCUUUAUUUGAGUGACAAUUAUUUGAACAUGGAAAGUGCGCAAUCGUUAGCAGAAAGCAAAGCGAUUAGCAAUCUUACAGAUUUGCAUUUGUAUGGCAAUUUCUUUGAGGAUGAAGGAGUCAAACUGAUCGCGGAAAGUGAAAACAUGAAGAAUUUACAAAUUUUGGAUCUUAACAGCAAUUCAAUAACGAAUGAGGGUGUGAAAUAUUUGGCGAAUAGUCGAUUCAUGAGUCGACUGACUGAUCUAGAUUUAGGUUUUAACUAUUUCGAUGACAUAGGGGCGUCAUACAUUGCCAAGAGUGUUCAUUUACACGCCCUCAAGAAAUUGGAUUUGUCUCAAACGAAAAUUACGGAAAAGGGAAUUCAGGAAAUAGAGAAUGGUUUGAAGAUGCGGAGAGAAAGGAAGGGACGUCGUAUAAUAUUGACCAAGAAGUGA